AUGAAUAAGGAAAUAUAGCAAUUUUUGUAAAAGUUAGAGAGUGUGAUUAUAUUUUAGUUAUUUUCCUGAUCUAAGUAAACCUCCGAAACCUGAUUUAGAAUUUAUGGAUGAAGAUGAAUUAUAUGAAUGGCUUCAUCAAAGAUUAUUAUUAUUUAUUGUUACUAAAGAUAUUCAAUUAGGAGCUGUUGCAAUUCAAUAGUGGUGCUUAAAGGGAUAUUGUAAUAUUAUUAAACUUUAAUACAUAGAAAUUAGAAUCUGGAAUCCCAUUAGUUCAUUAAUUUUUAACAACAAUGGCUGGAUAGUAACUGAAAAAGAAUCCAAAAAUGGUUGAUGAAAUAAUACAUCUUGUAUAAGAUGAAGAGGAAAAAUCAAAAUUGAUCAUUUAAUUGUAAUAAACUUAACAAUAAUAAGUAAAUUUACAAGUAUCAGAUGUAAAAAUAUUAUUUCAUUUAGUCACCUAAAGUAUUAAAAGCAUAAACAGAUAAAAAAGACCCUAGUUUUUUUUAGAAUAUUUUAACAGCCUUAAGAUGUUGGGAUAAAAAAUAAAAAUGA